UAGUCCAUGAGUUCUCAAGCAAUAUUAUCGCCUGAAAAAUAAAAAAAACUGAACCUAACAAGACGUAUUUCAGCUGGUAAAAGCUAGAGCAGAUACAGGCUUGAGGAAAACAUCUAUUGAAAUCAAGCUGCUGAAAGAGCAUUCACCUAUAAACCACAACCCCAUCCAUUGCAUCGUUGCCUAGGACACCGACAAGUACAGUUGCUUCCAUGCGCCAGAAAAAAACGCACAGAAUACAACACCUUACGCGUCAUAAACGAAGAUAACACGCACGCACAAACCUCCCACCCCCGCAACACACACACACACACACACACAUACAGACACUCACACUUUCCUCGGCGGGCGUCUCUGAGCUCAAGCUUCGGGCGGAGUGGUGUAAGGCCCCACUUGGUAGUGUAGACACUGCAACGUCUUACAGCGGCUCCAAGUGUGAUGUGAAUAUUGUGAUGUGAAUAUUAAUAACGAUACAUAGGGCAAUGCGGACUCUCUUACGGUCUUAGUCAAUCUGAAAGUAAAUUGGAUGAAGAGCAGCAUGGCAGAGCUUCCUGAUGAACAAGACAUGCUAACAGAACAAGAGAUUGAUGGCUCACUUACUCCUAACCCUCUACCAGCAUCUCUGUGGAGGAGAACGUGGAGAGCGAGCAUUACAGCUGUAGCAUAUCUUUUUCUAUAUACUCUCUCUCAAGUUACAGGUUUGUGGGUUCUCUACAUGCUAAAUGGAUACAGAGCUUUCCCAGCAGCAUAUAAAGUGUUGGGCCUCCUCCAGUACAUUCUGUCAAAUGCAGAGUCUUCUGACCAACAGAUGGAGAUUUGGAGAGUUGAGUGUGUAUGUCCACUAUUAGCAACACUGUUCCUUGGAGUAGUUAUCCUUGGCACUGGAGCAUUGUUCUGCCUUAGAACUUUGGUGCCUGGUAACUCCACUGGCUUCCUUGAUGACCGUCGUCAAUCCAUUAGCAGACAGCCAUCCUUUACUUACUCAGAGUGGACUGAUGCCAAGCAGGAGGACUUUUAUGAGCUGGAUACAAUUCCUGAGACGCCUGUGUUUGAUUGCUUCAUGGAUAUGAAGGCAGAUGGUGACCCGACUACCCUCACGGUCAAACCAGUGGGUCUGCAGGAAAGGAGAGGAUCAAACGUGUCUCUGACUUUGGAUAUGUGCACUCCUGGAACCACAGAGCCAUAUGGAAUGCUGCUGUCUCCUCGAGAUCAGAGUACACAAGAAUACUUGGAGAAUGCAUCUAACCCUCUCACACCAGCUCAGCUACAUAUGCGUGCUCUGGAUGAUGCUGUUCUACAAGCUGAGUUCUAUGAGGCACCUAUGAACUUUGUGGACCCAAAGGAAUAUAACAUUCCAGGUGUAGUGAGGAAGAACCGCUACAAAACCAUCUUGCCAAACACGCACAGUAGGGUUUGCCUUCAAGGAGCAAAGGAAGAUGACUUUCUCAGCACAUAUAUAAAUGCUAACUACUUGAAGGGCUAUGGUGGGCAGGAGAAGGUAUACAUUGCCACUCAGGGUCCAACUGUAAACACAGUGGGAGAUUUCUGGAGGAUGGUUUGGCAGGAACGCUGCCCAAUCAUUGUCAUGAUCACCAACAUUGAGGAGAAAAAUGAGAAAUGCACAGAGUACUGGCCAGAGGACAGCAUGACCUGUGAAGGCAUUGAGAUCACUGUCAAACAGUUCAUUCAGGCUGAUGACUACAGUCUGAGGAGCUUCACUGUGAAGUAUGAAGGUGAGGAGCGUAGUCUCAAGCACUACUGGUACACAUCAUGGCCAGAUCAGAAAACUCCAGAUAAAGCCCCACCUCUUUUACAAUUGGUCCAAGAAGUGGAGGAAGCGAGGAAACGGGCUCCACCCUCUAGUGGCCCUGUCAUUGUUCACUGCAGUGCAGGAAUUGGCCGCACUGGCUGCUUCAUUGCCACUGCUAUCCUGUGUGAGCAGCUUAGACAAGAAGGAGUGGUGGACAUCUUGAGAACCACCAGCCGAUUACGUUUGGACAGGGGUGGCAUGAUUCAAACAGCUGAGCAGUACCAGUUUGUGCAUCAUGUUCUGAGUCUGUAUGAAAGACAGCUGACUUGGAGACCAGAAGAAUAGCAUGUGCUACAGCACAUCCUAACCCACUAUCAUUCUGUCAACACUUUACAUCUGCCUGCACAAGACCUCAACAAGUCAAGCAUCUGUUGUGCUCCUGCUAGACUGUAUAACAGUAAGAUCUAUUGUUAAAUGUUGGGUUAUAUGUAAAUCUGCAAGACUUUAACUCAGGGCUUCAAAUCCCCAAUAUGCUUCUGUGCCAUCAGAAUCAGUACUACUUCAUAAAACAUCAUGGUGGACCAGGGCAUGCUCUCAACUAAAGUUACACUAACAGUAAAACAGGCCAAUGCCUUAAUGCUACCCCCACUCCACACCAAUACUGACCCUGGCCUGUAGCCUAAAGAUAUUCAAUAAAUAUACACUCACUGAUCAUUUUAAUAGGGAAGUCUAUACACCUGCUCAUUUAUGCAGCACAAUGCGUUAAAUCAUGCAGAAACAGGUCAAGAGUUUCAUGUUUAAUGUUCACAUCAAACAUCAGAAUAGGGAUAAAUGUGAUCUCUGUGACUUUUACCAUGGCAUUAUGGCAGGUUUGAGUAUUUAAGAAACUGCUGAUCUCCUGGGACUUUCAGACACAACAGUCUCUAGAGUUUACACAGAAUAGUGUGAAAAACAAAAAAACAACCUGUGUGUGGAGGGAUUGCAGGCUGAAACACCUUGUUGAGAGAGAUCAGAGGAGCAUGACCAGACAGAAAGUUUAUACUGACUCCAAUAAUCACUCUACAACUGUGGUGAGCAGAAGAGCAUCUCACAAUACACAACACUAAAACCUUGAGGUGGAUGGGCUACAACGGCAGAAGACCAAAUCAGGUUCCUCUCUAGGUUCCACUCAUUGCAUUGCGCUGCUUCCACAUCUGAUUGGCUGAUCAGAUAACUGCAUGAAUGUGCAAGUGUACAGGUAUUCCUAAUAAAAUCGAUGGUGAGUUUACAUACAUGACAAUUUUUAAAAUUAACUGUCAAAUUGCAGUAUGAAUCCUUACUGAGUGACUAAGUGAUAUUUUUUGAUAGUCUCCCCAAAACUACUAUGAAGUGCCUUGAAACAGUAUAUAACUCCAAAUACCUUUUAGUGUAUGUUUAUAAAUUUGAAAUAAUUAACUUAUAAAAUUUCGUUCCCUGUUUAUCUAGUGUCAUAGCUUAUCAAACUUAGAAAAUAACUAGAAUGUACUGAACCUGUAAAAGUAUAUAUUUGAAAUAUAAAAUGUGAAGUGUCAGUUUAAAAAAGUAUGUUUAAAUCAUUCUAACAGUAUUAAAUAAAAGAAAUGGUAGUUAUGAUACAAUACAUAAAUGCCACCCAGAAAUAUUACAGUUAGGUCACAUUUAGUAUUGCACACACAGGCCAUUAUUCCCAUCAUUGAUGGUGAGGAUAAAUAUUGGUGCAAGUAGAUUUUAAAGUAGGCUGAACUGAAAUACAUAAAGCCUUUUGUCCCUUUUAAAAAUCUUUUCUCUUGUAUACAUUUUGCCAACCACCUUCUAAGGCCAUUUUUUUGUUUAUGUUGAGGAAUUCCUGGCUUCUUUUUCAGAAAGAUUCAUGCUUUAAAAUCUAUUUUAAAGUAUGGCUUUUUGUAUUCCUAGCACAUUUUAAACUUUUUAUGUUUUCACUUUUGAUGGGUUCAAAUUGUGUGUUAUGCCAUAGUCUUUUUGUCACUGUAUUUCUUAAUUGACCAAAUCAGUGGAUGACCAGAUGACCACCAUUUAUUUAUCUAUUGGUAUAAAUAUUCUUUAAAUCUCUAUUGUACCAGUGGUAUAUGCAGGUGCAAGGUUUUGAUAUUCUAUCAGAAUGAGAGACCUCUCAAGGUCAGUGUCUGGUUCCAGAGGAGCACAAAUGUUGGAAGAGACCAAAUCCAUUUCAAAUUUGGGUCUUUCUAAUUGUAUCCGAAGGGAAAAACUUAUGACAGUGGCACACAUCAAAUGCUGAACACUUGCCUGGUCACACCCUCUACUUGGUAGGAAAUUAUCGUAAUCCUUUUCUUCAGGAUGGAUUUGAAUAUUGUCUUCAAUCUUCAAAAAGUAUUGUGAAUGUGCAGAACAAACAACUCAUAUGUAUGAGUGUGGUUCUUGGGCAAAGACUGCAAAGCACUGCACCUUAUUCUACAAAAAUCAAUUCAUGUUCAUGUCAAGAUGCAUUAGACAGUUUAUGUGAAGACAAUUAUGUCAGUGUUUUCCCUUUUUUGUUGAUAUUAGAUUAGUAGUAUAAAAUAAUGUCACAAUUUGCAAUCUAUAUUUCAUGAAUGAAAUGUACAUUGUAAAUGGAAGCUUUUCAAGUACUGUUCAAAUUCUGUAAAAUUGAUAGGCUUGUGCAUGGCAAUUUUCAUAAUUUCACAUUAAGGUCAGCCAAAGUUGUAACAUUCAAAAUAUAAAUAUGUCUGCAAAGUACAAAGCAAGAGUUAUUGUGGAAAAGAAAGAAAAUAGGAAAUGUCAGAGAAACUUUUGUGCUAUGUAUGAAUAGUUAUGUGCUUCUCUGCAGCAUUCCUCCUCUUCACUGCAUUAUACAAGAAGGCAAACAAAAGAAGGCACAACAGUCUUUUAUUGAUAUAAUUGUCUGCCAACCUGGGUUGUAAUGCAGAAUCUUUGGUAACAAGAAGUAAGCGGUAGCAAAGAGGAAAACUCAGACUAGAUCAGGUAGAGAAAUAAAAUUUAGACUUGGCAAAAGCCUGUGUGCUAAAUUAUCACAAAUAUAAUUACAAAAUUACUAAAUAAUUACAGAACAUACAUGAACACAAACACUGUGGUGAGCAAUAUUAAGUAAUCUACAGCAAUUACUUGUGAAUGAAGCUAAACCCUUUAAACAACAGUCCAACAAAUUAGUCAGUAUUAGUCAGAGCAUAGCCACAGAUGUAUCAUUAUGGGAGCAGGAAGCAGGACAAUUCACUGUCAUGUGGGUAUGUGUGUAUAUAGACACACAGCCCUGGUAAUAGGACUGAAUAAAAUGUAUUUGGUUAUUGACGCACUAUCAUAGAUUUACAGGUCACAAGAAGACAAAACAAACAGGGGACAAAACAUUUGGCCUUUUAGAAUGCAAGAAUGGCCAGAUGAAACAUUAAAGUAUUUGUACAAAAGUGAUGGAAAAUCAGAGUGACUUUAAGGAAAACUUAAAGGAGAAAAUGUAUGUUUAAAAUAAAAAGAACUUCUCAUGUUCCAAAUAUGUCCAACAAAAGAGGCAUACUUUUAAGAAUAUUAUUCCAGUAUUUAGUUUAAGAAUGUCAAUAAACUAAACAGUUGUGCGGAUGCAUGCAGCAAUGUUUCUUUCUUUCUUUCUUCCUUUAUUUAUUUAUUUUCAAAAGUGCAUAGGAUGUUGGCCUAGUUUAAUGGACAUUUUUGCAUAUAAUUUUAGUUUACAGUUUUUGUUUAAAUGCACCUGUGAAAUACACCUGUUUAGUGGAAUAUUUCAGAGCAUAAAGAAUAUUUUACAUUCACUCAAAGCAUGCCAUUUCUUAUGUGGAAGUGGAAAUAUGAAAAAAAAAGAAAACCCACUUUCUUUCUUGAUUGCCUUUUUUGCUCACAUUUUGUUUGUUUGUUUGUUUUCUUAACAUGUAAAGUCUGAUUGGUUAUUUGAAGCAGUUAAAAAUUCAAUCUAACCCGCCUGUGAGUUACAGUACUGUGCAAAGUGUUAGGCACCCUAAUUUUUUAAAGAUGUUUAUUUGAUGACUUCUGCAUCAAAAAAAAAAAGUUUGUGCAUCAGUAAAGGAAGUAACAUAUUCCAUAAUAAACCACUUUUCAGACAAAAAGUAUAAUGAAGGGGAUUUUCUGUAAAAACCAAAGCAAGUGUGACAGACAGAAAGACUGUGGCAGAUUUAGAAAAACCUACCAGCCAAUUUCCUUAAAAUUGCACAAAGUGUACUUUGUAUUAUUGAUGCGGUUUAAAACACAGUGUAUAUCAUGUAUUUGGAACAUUUCUAGGAAAUUUGUAGCCCAGAGGGAUUUGUGUAGAUAUGUGACAUUCACAUUAUUCAAACAGACUCAAGACUACUUUGUCAAACAUUCCAGUGAAGCUUCUAACAUUUAUCCUUUAAUGAAACUAUCUGAAUGUAUGCUUGCUGUUACUUGUAACUUUAGAUCAUUCAGGACUUUUUUUCUUUUUAGAAUUCAUGCAGCAGCUAAACUUUCUAAUGAUAGAACAAAUAGGUACUGUCCAUCCUACUAUAUUGUACAAAAUGUAAAUUAUUGUUGGUGGAGUUCCACAACGUAAUGCUUGCCACCUUUUACAUGUAAAUUUGCCUAUAAAUGUAUAUCAAUUAACCCUCCAAAAAUAAAGUCACUAACAUGAUUUUUAUCAAUUCACAGCAAACAUGUAUAAUACUGCAGAUAGGACUACUGUGAGAUUCUGAUAGCUGGAAUUACCAGGUCAGCUAUAAACUAUAAACUCCUGUUGGUCCAAAAUGAAGUCCUUUAUAAAUAUACCCUUUUAAAAAAUUAAGUAUCUGACUAAAUUGGUUAUACCAACUGUGUCAAAUUAAUUAUAACAUGUCACUACAGAUAUGUCCUGCUUGUUAUUGUUAUUGUAUUUUCCACACUUUGUUAAUUUGUUUGCCUUUGUUUUUCUGUUAAGUGAAAUGUCUUGAGAUUUCCUGUAAUAAAAUGAAGGGUGCUAUAUGAAUAAUUAUGUUUUUUUGUUUCAUGUCACAUUUGCAAGCCAAAAUCCUCAACUUUCUUUAAGCAGAACGUACAGAAGGCAUUUAAUUUGGUCUUCAAUGUGUGUGAAAACAAAGUGAAAAAUACUUGGCAUUCUUACUUUGAUUUAAUCCUGCUCAUUCUCUAGCCGUGCCUCUCUGUGUCCACUCACUGGAGACAACAGAAAGUCACUCCAUCGACAGGUAGAUAUUAGUUUUGCAUUACAAUCCACAUUACAGACAAUGGUUGAUCUGCGGAAGUUGUAAUUUGGAAGUUUAUUUUUGUAUUGCUGGUAAUGUUUUGCUUUUGCUCCUUGUUAUCUAAUAGUGCUAACAGUUAUACAAAAUAUCAGCAUUCUUGAAAGUCCACUUGUCUAAUCAAAGUAGUGGACCCGAUCUGAUCUAAUAUAAAAAACACCAAAUUUGCUGUUCUUGGUACACUUUAUAGACAAUGCCUUCAUCACACUGAUUAUGAAGUCGAAUUACUCCAUUGCUCUUUUAGGUGCCAUUGCUGGGUUACUGCAGGUACAAUCCGGUGCUGAUUGUAGACAAGAAGUAGUGUACAAGUCCACGUAAUUGUUUAUAACAGGGGAUAAACAUGCAUCAUGCUGGGACGAUUGCAUGUCAGAAAAUUUCUUCAGUCAUUUUUUGUCCUCGCUGUUGUUCAAAAAACAGUUUAGUCUUUUCGGAGAGGCAGUCACAAAAGACACUAUUUCUUUCACUGUGUCAAGUGAAUUGUGAAAAGCUGGGAGCUUCGUAGUGUGGACAAUAGCCAAAUUCAAGGCAUGAUUCUUACAGUUCACAUAUUGCGCAGGAGGGUACAGUUUGUACACCCCAAACUUUUCCACUAAAAUCUGGUGGGCUCUUUAAGUUUUUGCAGUUACUAUGAUGUCGUAGGUCACAUGACAAUAUCAACAAGGCAGAUGUAGUAUGUCCAGAUUGUAUUCAUACCACACAUACAUACUGAUCAGUACAUACUGUAUCAACGGCCAAGCAGUAGGUACUGAAUCAAAUGCAGUACGUACUGUCACAGUACACGAUUUCUGAUGCAGCCAGUGUGUUCUUCUGCCCUGUAACAUAGCAAAAGAUGCAGUGGUUGGCUUCAUGUGUCUGGGAGGAAGCAUGUUCUAGCACUGUGAUAGGGGAGAGCCAGCUAGUGGGAUCUAACUAGUAGACCUAAUUUAGAGCAACAUUCAAGCUGACAAGUACUACACCAACAAUAACCUAAAAGCAGAAGGAGCAACUUGAAUAAAUGAAACCUUUACCAGAAAGGUUAUCAGAUACAUUUGAACCUUCAAAUAUAAUAACCAGAUUAAUUCAUCUUGGAAUUGCUUAAUAAUUUUAUGAGAUUAGUAGGAACAUGUGGGAAAUAUCACAAAUAACUACAUAAAAUCAGGUAAAAUAACAUAUUAUAAUUAUGUAACGCAUUAUUCCAAACAUUUUUACCUCAAACUAGGGCUUUUAACUAGGGCUCUUAAGCUAUAGCUUACUUACUUACUUAACCCUCCCACCCCUUCCAAACCCAUAAUUAUAAAAAUGAACCUGAAUCACUUUCAGCUGGUUCUAAUGCUGAUGGUGCCCCAAAAUGUUCUUUUAUAGCACCUGAAAUAUGACCAAUAGACCAUUAGACUACUUAGCAUCGGGAAAGAGUUGAACUCAGGAAAUUGUUUCUUCAUUGGGUGUGAUCGCCUGAGUUGCUAUAGUUCUGAAAAGAAUUGUAGGUGAUUGAAAUUUCCGCUAUCUGAGUGGUGAUUAUCUUAAGUCAGUAGGUUGCUUUUGUACUGUACCUCCUUUCAGUUGUUGUUUGUCUUGGGGGGUUCCUCCAUUCAGUCUCCUCUUCAGCAGUUGAAAUGCAUGCUUAAUUGUGUAAAGGUCUGGUGAUUGGCUUGGCUAGUUUAAAACCUUCCGCUUUUUCCCCCGAUGAAGUCCUUUGUUGUUUUGGCAGUGUGGUUAGUGUUGUUGUCUUGCUGCAUGAUGAAGUUCCUCCCAAUUAGACUGAAUGCAUUUCUCUGUAAAUUGGCAGACAGAAUGUUUCUGUAGACUUCUGAAUUCGUUCUACUGCUACCAUCAUGAGUUAUAUCAUCAAUAAAAAUUAGAGAGCUCAUUCCAGAAGUAGCCAUGCAAG